AUGCCUAGCCAGCCCCAGCAGCAGCACACGCGAGUGCUAAGCUUCAACGUGAACGGGCUGCGAGCGCUCUUGCGCGACAGGCUGAAGCUGACGCUGUCACAAUUCCUAAUCAGCCUCAAUGCCGACAUCGUUUGCAUGCAAGAGACCAAGCUGCGGCGGUGCGACAUCGACAGGGACCUGGCGAUAGUGGACGGCUGGGACGCCUUCUUUUCUUGCUCCCAGUCAGCCACGGGCUACAGCGGCACCGCAACCUAUGUGCGCACUGCAGUGGCGCUGCCCUUUGCGUCAGAGGAGGGCUUCACCGGCUGUGCGGCGCUGGCCGCCGCCAUGGCUGGGACCACAGCCGGCAGCCACAACGGCGCCGCAACAAUGGCUGAGCCGCACCCUGCCCUGGCUGACCAGUACACUGUGGAAGAGCUGGCGGAGUUGGAUGGCGAGGGGCGGGUGACCGUGACCGACCACGGCGCCUUUGUGCUGUUCAACAUUUACGGCCCUGCCAUCACCAAGCAGGAGGUGGCUGAGGACCGGAUGCAGUACAAGCUGCGCUUCUUCAGCGCUUUAGAGCUGCGGUGGCGCGACCUGCUGCGCCAGGGGCGCGCGGUGGUGGCAGUGGGUGACCUCAACAUUUGCCCCACGCCGUUGGACUAUCCUGUGGCAGACUUGCAGUUCUUCAGGCCAUCCCGCCCAGACAGGCUCUGGCUACGCCGCCUGCUGCACGGCAGCACCACCACCGGCGGCUCGAACAGCGGCGGCGGCGGAGGCGACCAAUCGCCGCCAGCAGCAGCAGCGGCAGCAGCGGGUAGCAAUGGCAACGGGGUGGCAGGUAUCUACGGUGCCGGUGCCAGCAGCAGUAAUGGUGGCAGCGGUGGCAUCCUGGUGGACACAUUCCGCGCUUUCCACCCCACCCGCCAGAAUGCAUUCACCUGCUGGAGCACCGCGACCAGCGCCAGGGUGAACAACUACGGCAGCAGGAUUGACCUCGUGCUCACAGCGGGGAUCAGUGUGGGCAACCCGCCACCGUCCCCUUCAACGGCAGCAGUGGCGGCAGCAGCAGCAGCGGCAGCAGACGAUGAGGCGCCACCUGCCGCACGGAGGUGGCACCGAGAGGCAGCAUCCCCGCCCGGAGCCAUGCGCUUCGCCUUCAAAGGGUCGCAGCUGAAGCUGCACAGCUGGCUGCAGCGUGGCGAGUCUGCUGCGCAGCUCCUGAACAGCGAUCCCGCAGCCAGCAGCAGCAACGGGUCGCAGCUACUCCAUGGCCUCUCCACAGCAGAGCAGCAGCAGCAGCAGCAGACGGCGGCCACGCGGCCUCCAGGCAAUCACGCCAGCUGCAGUUCACAGCUCCAGGCAGCAGCCUCGGGUCUGGGCAGCCCGCGAGUCGCAGCGGCUUCUGGUGGCGGCAGUGGGUCUGCCUCAGGUGCUGGUGCUGCUGUAGGCAAGAAGCAGGCAAACCUGAAGAGCUUGUUCAAACGGCAACAGCAGGGGACACAGCCGGUGCAGCUUGAGCAGCAGCAGCAGCAGCAGCAGCAGCAGCCCGUUCCGCCGCCCUGGGGCUCCCAGCAGCCUCCAUCCCAGCAAUCCCAGCAGCAGCAAGGGGAGGCCGGCCCAAAUGCUACCAGCGACUUCUUUGCUGCCGAGCUGGCGGCAUCCACGGCCAGCCGGCAGCAGUCACCGGAGGCCGCCAAGGAUGCCUGGCGCACCAUACAGCAGCGCUUCCAGGUGCCGCAGUGCCCGGGCCACCGCGAGCCUGCGGUGCUCAAGAAGGUGAACAAGAGCGGCCCCAACAAAGGCAACGCUGCAGGCCGCUACUUCUACACCUGCGCCCGCCCCGACGGCCCCAAGCCGCACGGCAAGUGCGAGUUUUUCAAGCGCUUGCGGGCUAACGUGACGCGGGAGGAGAUGUUUUUCAACCAUCGGCCGCUAGACCUGCCCCAGUCGCACGACCUCCCUACAAACUUCAGCUGGAAUGACCCCAACAACACCGGCGUGUCUAUGCUGGUGCCCUCCUGGAACCAACACAUCCCGCAGUACUGCGGCUCCUGCUGGCUGCACGGCACCACCUCCAUGAUCCAGGACAGACUGAAGAUUGUCAAGGGCGGCAUCGGCCCAGACACCAUGCUUGCCCGCCAGGUGGUGCUCAACUGCGGCGCAUUCCACGGCUAUGGCCAGGGUUGUGGCGGCGGCGAUGUGAUUGAUGUGCUUCGCUAUAUGGCGCACUUUGGGUUGCCAGAUGAGAGCUGCCAGCCGUUUAGCGCAGACGACCACACCAAGUAUGGGCGGCACGCCAGGAAGUGCCCCGCCGACGGCUACUGCACCAACUGCAUGCCACUCAAGGGUAGGGACACGUGCUGGUCGGUGCAUACCCCGGUGCGCUACUACCUCAGCGCCUUUGGGAAGCUGGAGGAGCCUGGCGAGCUGAGCAUGAUGAACGAGAUUUUCCACAGGGGGCCCAUCACCUGCUCCAUGGCCACGCCUGAGGUAUUUGACUACGGCCUGCACACGAGCGUGGACGUCUACCCCUCCAACAUCUCAGACCCCAGCGAGAUCGACCACGAUGUGGAGGUGGUGGGCUGGGGCCAGGAGGAGGGCGAGCACGGCCUCAAGUACUGGGUGAUCCGCAACAGCUGGGGCACGUACUGGGGCGAGAUGGGCUUCUUCAAGAUGCAGCGCGGGGUCAACGCUCUGCAGCUGGAGGCAGGAGACUGCUGGUAUGCCAUACCCACCUGGGAAGAUGAGCAGGCGGUUCGAUCCGGGGAGAAGAUCUCCUCCUAUCUGACGCGUCACAGCUCAGAGCAGUUGCAGCGGAGCGUGAUGGCAUUCUGCCAAGCUGUGAAUGCGCACGACUUAGACAAACUGCACAGCUAUCUGUCCCCCAAGUGCGUUUGGAGCGACAGGGUUUGGUCCAGCGUCGACCUCGUGGGUGCAGCGAAGGUGGCCAAAGUGUACAAGGAGACGUGGCGGUCGUAUCCUGACUAUACCCUCCACACAGAAGAUGUUCUGGCGCGUGAUGAUUCGAACACGGUGGCGGUGCACUUCACGGCCACGGGCACCUGCUUCGGCGAGUGGCGGGGGCACCCGGCCUCGGGCCGCCGCAGCACCUUCUCAGGGGUCAGCUUGUUUGUGUUUGAUUCCGAGCGGGACGACCUCAUCCAGCAGAUCAUCACCUACCGCCAGCCCAGCAGCGAGGAGUAUGCCUUCUAUGUGGGCCACGAGGACCUGUGA